AAUAAAUUUUGAGGCACUCUCACACCAGAACAAGUUGGGUAUCCCUUUAUCACUGACCGACAGUAUGACUAUAAGCUCCCUUGGUGAACAAUCUUUUCGCGGAUUGAAUCGUGAAUAUAUAUAAAAAAUACGUAUCUGUUCCCUAAUUUUUGUAUAAUUCUGUUAAUUCUGUUGAAAACUUUGAAAAUAUAUGUAUGUAAAUGUAGCUAUUGCUGGCACAUGUCCAAAGAGGAGGUAAAACAAAGAGCACAAAUUUCGCACGCGUUUUACAAUUCGUAUUCACCAAUAAACACAUAACAAAAGAAAACAUCGCACUUGCAUGCUUGCGUUUAUAAAACAAACCUAAAAAAUGGAGUUGCAUAUGACUACACAAAGUGAACCACUGCAUCGUCUAGAUUGUGAACAACAAACAAGGAAAUUUGGUGUGACCCACGGCACUAAGGUAUCACUUCAUGAGGAUUCGGAAGUGCUCAAGAAACCACAAUGGAGCGCUUUGUUAGCAUUGGUGGGAUUCGCUACUACUUUCGGGGCUGCGGUUCCGGUGGGUUACUGUAUUGGUGUUAUCAAUGCUCCAGCAUCGCUUAUAAAAAUUUGGUGUAAUGAGACUUUACACCAUCGAUACGGUUCUAAUCUGAGUGCUUCUGGUUUAGAUUUGCUCUGGUCAUCUGUAGUAUCAAUUUUCCUGAUAGGCGGAGCGGUUGGCUCGCUUGGAGGAGCUAAAGCAGCCAAUAAAUUUGGCAGGAAAGGUUGUUUGCUAAUAAGCGGUGGACUUUUUACGUUGGGUGCAAUCCUUUUCUUUUUCUGUCGCGCUGCUGGCUCCGUAGAAAUGCUUUUACUUGGCCGUUUGAUAGUCGGUCUUGGAUCUGGUCUGACCACAGCCGUACUACCAAUGUACCUUACAGAGAUUGCACCACUAGCCUUACGCGGAACCUUUGGUGUCUUGUGCUCGAUGGGUGUGACCGGUGGCGUUGUGGUUGGACAAGUCUUUAGUUUGCGCCAUAUUUUCGGCACCGAGCAACUCUGGCAUUAUGCUCUAAGUUUUUACAUCAUUUUAGUGGCUGUAUGCUACUUGCCUGCUUACUAUUUUCCAGAGAGCCCAAAAUACCUUUACAUAGUGCGCAACGACCAGGAGCUGGCUCGAUCUGAACUUCGUCGCCUAUGCAAAGGACCCAAUGCGGCCCUCGUAAUUAAGCAUGAAAUUGAUGAGAUGGAUGCAGAAAUGAGUACUAAAGUACAAACGAGCAGUUUCUUUUCGGUGCUGAAAGAUCCGACAUUAUUGUUGCCAUUAAUCAUUGUUUGCUCGUUUCAUGGUGGUCAACAAUUGUCUGGAAUUAAUGCUAUAUUCUAUUAUUCAGUAUCAAUAUUUAAGAAAGCCGGUCUUUCCACAACUGAUGCGGAAUGGGCGAAUUUGGGCGCUGGUUGUCUGAAUUUGCUUGUGGCCUUUUUGGGACCUAUGCUGAUGUCUAAGCUAAAUCGUCGCCCAUUGAUGAUGUUUUCCAGCGGAAUUUGUUCUCUUUUCCUCUUCGCUAUUGCUUUUGUUUUAUAUUACAUAGAUACCUCAAGUUGGUUUCCCAUACUGUGUAUUGUGUGUAUUAUGGGAUACAUCUUCUUUUAUCAAAUAGGUUUGGGACCUAUACCAUACUUCAUUGGCUCAGAGAUCUUCGAAGUUGCACCUCGCUCGGUGGCCAUGUCGAUGGGCAGCUUAUCUUCUUGGACGUGCAAUUUUACUGUCGGCAUGGCCUUUCCAUCGUUACAGAACGCCUGGGGCGCUUUCGUAUUCCUCCCAUUCUCGGCGACAUGUCUGCUGGUCUUCCUGCUAACGAAAUACUAUUUACCAGAAACACGGGGACGAGAUCCGUGUGAAGUUGCGCCACUGGUGGCCAAGGGUUUUCGCUCAAAGGUGAAAUAAGUCAUGGACGCUGUUGGUGUGCUCAUAGUGAUAAAUAAACUGAUAUACAUCUUGGUUUUAAAUUAGAUAAGUAGGCAAAUUUUUUCGAGUAAUUUUUGUAAUAUAUGUAUGUAUAUGUAUAUAUGGCGCACAAUUUUUUAGCAAAAAGUGUUAUGAUUUAAUAAACUAUAAUUUUUUAAAGGACAAA